GAGAGGAAUCAAAAACUACACUUGAUUUCCCCUAAAAAAUAAAAAAUAAAAAACUACACUUCAUUUAUCCAUCCAAUUCCAAUCUUAUCGCUGAGAAAGUUGAAGUGUUCGUUCAGCGUUUCAUUCAUCUUCUUCCUUCCUUCCCAAUUUCCUCCAAUGGCUCUUUCUUUAACCGCCAUUAACCUUCCUCCUCCUCCUGUUCGCGAUAACGCACUUGCUUCUCAAUUUCAAUUCCGCCCCAACCUACUCAAAUUCCCCAAAAUACCCUCCUCCUCCUCCUCUUUCAAUGGCAUUUCCCUCAAAACGGUUACCCCCGACAACAACAACCCUUUCGCUUGUCACGUUUCCUCUUCCCAAUUCGGAGUUCAGGAGAGCAACAAAUCCUACGCAGAAGCUGUUGCUGUAGGGAAACACAUUCGUAUGUCUGCUGACAAAGCUCGAAGAGUAAUCGACACAAUUCGCGGACGUCCAUACGAAGAAACACUUAUGAUUUUGGAACUCAUGCCUUAUCGCGCCUGCGAAACCAUUCUUAAGAUUGUGUUCUCUGCUGGAGCUAAUGCAAGUAAUAAUUUGGGUUUAAGCAAAUCAAGUUUAGUUAUUAGUAAAGCUGAGGUUAAUGAAGGCAGAACUAUGAAAAGAACAAGACCACGAGCUCAAGGACGGGCUAACCAGAUUCUAAAACGUACUUGUCAUAUUACUAUCACAGUUAAAGGUUUACCUGCUGAGUCUGUUGUCGAAGCAAGUUCCUCUUGAUCCUAUUUGAGCUAAAAAGUAUAUGCAUCUGUAUUAUGAAUCUCCUCCUAUCAUUACAUUUGAAGGAAUUUUCUGCAUUUUGAUAUUGUGUAGUUCAAUUAAUUUUCUGCAUUUUGACUUCUACAGGAAUGUUUUGUGAAUCUUAUAAGUGUACUACGUAGAACUGUUUGAAUAUUCAACUUAAUUCUAUAAUCAAAUGUUUUGGCAUUGGUAUUUGAAA